CCCCGACAUAAAGGUCGUCAUGGAGCCGGAAUUUAAGGUAUUAUUUUCCCCAUCCGUCCUUGGAGGACAAACCCAGCAGCAUGAAAAUUGGCUCCUCUUAGGGUGACCCCUCUGUGGUGGUAGCCCUUCGCAAUGCCAAGAUGGCAGCCCUGCUCCCUCCCCCUGGCGCCGAUGCGUUCCGCCUCUUUACCCGGCAAUCGCUGGCGGAGAUCGAGAGGCUCCAAGCGGAAAGGCGAAAGAAGGCAGCCCGUAUAGAAGGGCACGAUGAGGCCGAGGAAGAAGAAGAGGAGGUGACGGUCGCUAACGCUGACCUGGAAGCGGGCAAGAAUCUACCAUGGAUUUACGGAGAUCCUCCGGAAGGGAUGAUCAACACUCCACUGGAGGAUUUGGACCCCUUCUACAAGGGUCAGAAGACAUUCAUCGUGAUCAGCAAAGGCAACACGAUUUACAGGUUCAACGCAGAGCCGGCGUGCUACCUUCUUAGCCCGUUUAGCAUAGUGAGAAGAGGAGCCAUCAAAAUCCUUAUACAUUCAUUAUUCAGCAUGUUCAUCAUGAUCACUAUUCUGUCCAAUUGCGUUUUCAUGACAAUGAGCAACCCGCCGGCGUGGAGUAAAAAUGUCGAGUACGCUUUUACAGGGAUUUACACAUUUGAAGCCACUGUCAAAGUAUUGUCAAGAGGCUUCUGUAUCGGCUCAUUUACAUUCCUUCGAGACCCGUGGAACUGGCUGGAUUUCAUGGUGAUCAGCAUGGCAUACAUCACUGAAUUUGUCGACCUUGGUAACGUAUCCGCCCUCAGGACCUUCCGUGUACUUCGAGCCUUGAAGACCAUCACUGUGAUUCCUGGUCUUAAAACCAUCGUGGGUGCUCUGAUCCAGUCGGUAAAGAAAAUGGGGGACGUGAUGGUCUUGACGGUCUUCGCUCUUGCUGUAUUCGCCCUGGUCGGACUGCAACUUUUCAUGGGCAACCUGAGGCACAAGUGCAUACGCUGGCCAAUUCACGGCAACGACACGGUCGAGUGGUUCAACGUCACUGAUGCGGCGCUGCCGUACAAUCUAACGUUUGGCGUCAACGGUAGCGAUUAUUCCAACAGCACCUUUGACUUCGCAGAGUACACCGAAAACUCUGAUAAUUACUACUUUUUGGAAGGCAGCAAAGAUCCCCUUGUAUGUGGGAACAGUUCUGAUGCUGGUGUCUGCCCUGAAGGCUUCAUGUGCAUGAAGGCCGGCGGGAACCCAAAUUACGGUUACACCAGCUUUGACUCGUUCGGCUGGGCUUUCCUGGCGCUCUUCAGACUCAUGACCCAGGACUACUGGGAAAACCUCUUCCAGCUGAUCCUGCGGGCGGCGGGGAAAACGUACAUGCUUUUCUUUGUGGUGGUGAUCUUCUUGGGCUCCUUCUACCUCAUCAACCUCAUCCUGGCGGUGGUGGCCAUGGCGUACGAUGAGCAGAACCAGGCCACGCAGCGUGAGGCUAAGGAGAAGGAGGAGGAGUUCCAGCGCAUUCUCGAGCAGCUCAAGAAUCAGGAACAGGCUCAACUGACUGGUAGUGGCGAUUCUCUGAACAACGACAAGGCACAGAGUCAUCGCUCUGCUUCUGAGCUGAGCCUGGAGCGCGACGAAGACAUCAAGGAUUGUAACGGCAGAAUGGUACCAACCCUCCUGGUGCGAUCGCCUACCUUUAACGAGUCUCCUGUUGACAAAGAGCUCCAUGAGAGUUCUCCAGGGAUGCUUAACCCAGACGAUCUUCAUUCAGACGAGCAGAGACAGAGGUCCGCUAGUGUCAUGGAAGAGUUGGAGGACGCUCAAAGGCCUUGUCCGCCGGGCUGGUACAAGUUUGCCAACGUUUUCCUGAAGUGGAACUGCUGCGAGCCGUGGAUGUUCCUUAAAAAGUGGUUGUAUGUCAUCGUGAUGGACCCCUUUUUUGACCUGGCCAUCACCAUUUGCAUUGUGCUCAACACGCUCUUCAUGGCCAUGGAACACUACCCCAUGACUGAAGAGUUUGACCACAUGCUCUCUGUGGGCAACCUGGUUUUCACUGGGAUCUUCACAGCGGAGAUGGUCUUAAAGCUCAUCGCUAUGGAUCCCUAUUACUACUUCCAAGUGGGAUGGAACAUUUUUGACAGCAUUAUUGUGACGCUCAGCUUGGCGGAAUUGGGUCUGGCGAAUGUCCAGGGGCUCUCGGUGCUGCGUUCCUUCCGUCUGCUUCGUGUCUUCAAGCUGGCAAAGUCCUGGCCCACGCUCAACAUGCUGAUUAAAAUCAUCGGGAAUUCUGUGGGCGCUUUGGGCAACCUGACGCUGGUGCUGGCCAUCAUCGUCUUCAUCUUCGCCGUGGUGGGCAUGCAGCUAUUUGGCAAAAACUACAAGGACUGCGUGUGCAAGAUCAAUGACGACUGCGAGCUGCCGCGCUGGCACAUGAACGACUUUUUCCAUUCUUUCCUCAUUGUCUUCCGAAUCUUGUGCGGCGAAUGGAUCGAGACCAUGUGGGACUGCAUGGAGGUGUCCGGCGCUGCGAUGUGCCUGAUCGUAUUCAUGAUGGUCAUGGUCAUUGGAAAUCUCGUGGUCCUGAACCUCUUCCUGGCACUGCUACUCAGCUCGUUCAGCGGUGACAACCUGUCGACAGCCGAUGACGACGGCGAGCUGAACAACCUCCAGAUCGCCGUCGGCAGGAUAACGCGAGGCAUCGACUGGCUAAAGGCGGCCGCCGUCGAUAUACCUCGAAGGAUCCUGGACAAAAAAAUCAAGGCGACUGAGGACGCCAAUGCCGAAGCGGUGGAGAUGAACGAUUUGGAUGCCAAAAUGGCAGACGGGAUCUCAAACUGUUUGGCGGGACGAACAUCUGGCACCGUUUUGGAUGGAGCGCUCGCUCUCAGUGUGCCCAUUGCGCAGGGAGAGUCAGACUAUGAAAACCUGGAGGACGACGACUACGACUCGAAUAUCUCCACGUGUGGAGAUAGCCCACACGAUGGCGAAAGCCUAGAAGAUGAGCUAGGUCAUUUGAAAGACGUUAAACUCAUGGGCGUAGUAGCGAGCGGUGACAACGACCCUUCGCUGUGCAGCACAGCGGACUAUCAGCCGCCUGAGCCUGAACCGGUUGAAGAGGAGGAGGAAGAGCCGGAGCCAGUUGAGCCAGAAGCCUGUUUCACUGAAAACUGCGUCAGGCGCUGGCCCUGCCUCACAGUGGACGUCAGCACAGUCGGAGGAAAGAGAUGGUGGAAGCUGCGGAAGACCUGCUUUGCUAUCGUAGAACACGACUGGUUUGAAACCUUCAUCAUCUUCAUGAUCCUGCUAAGCAGUGGCGCUCUGGCUUUUGAAGACGUCUACCUCGAGCGGCGUCGAAUAAUCAAAAUUAUCCUGGAGUAUGCCGAUAAAGUUUUCACCUUCGUCUUUGUCAUGGAGAUGAUCCUGAAAUGGACAGCGUACGGCUUCAAGACGUACUUCACUAAUGCCUGGUGCUGGUUGGACUUUUUCAUCGUCGAUAUCUCUUUGAUCAGUUUGGUGGCUAACUGGUUGGGUUUCUCUGAGCUGGGUCCCAUCAAAUCCCUCCGAACUCUGAGGGCGUUGAGGCCUCUGCGCGCCCUGUCCAGAUUUGAAGGCAUGAGGGUGGUGGUCAACGCGCUAGUGGGCGCCAUCCCGUCCAUUUUCAACGUGCUGCUGGUGUGCCUCAUCUUCUGGCUUAUCUUCAGCAUCAUGGGCGUCACCAUGUUCGCCGGCAAGUUUUACCGCUGCAUCAACACCACUACCGGGGAGCUCUUUCCUGCCGCUGAAAUCAACAACCGCAGCGAGUGCCUGGCACUGCAGGAGGACACCGGGGAGGCCCGCUGGGUCAAUGUCAAGGUCAACUACGACAAUGUGGGGCAGGGCUACUUGUCGCUGCUUCAAGUGGCAACUUUUAAAGGUUGGAUGGACAUCAUGUAUGCUGCUGUCGACUCGAGAGAGGUGGAAGAGCAGCCGUCCUAUGAGAUCAACCUGUAUAUGUACAUCUACUUUGUCAUCUUCAUUAUUUUCGGCUCCUUCUUCACGCUCAACCUCUUCAUUGGUGUAAUCAUUGACAACUUCAAUCAGCAAAAGAAAAAGUUUGGAGACAAGGACAUCUUCAUGACAGAGGAGCAGAAGAAGUACUACGAAGCCAUGAAAAAGCUCGGUUCCAAGAAGCCACAGAAGCCAAUUCCACGUCCCACUAAUUUCCUCCAAGGACUCGUGUUUGACCUCAUCAGUCAGCAGUUCUUUGACAUCUUCAUCAUGGUGCUCAUCUGCCUCAACAUGGUGACCAUGAUGGUGGAGACGGACAACCAGAGCGCCGAAAAGGAGGACUUCCUUUUCAAAGUCAAUCUGGCCUUCAUUGCGGUUUUCACCACUGAGUGCUUGCUGAAGCUCUUUGCUCUGCGGCAGUACUUUUUCACCAAUGGCUGGAACAUAUUCGACUUCAUCGUCGUUAUCCUCUCUAUCGCCGGCACAAUGCUGUCUGACGUGAUUGAGAAGUACUUUGUGUCACCGACCCUCUUCCGCGUGAUCCGUCUGGCCAGGAUCGGUCGCAUCCUGCGUCUAAUCAAAGGCGCCAAAGGGAUCCGGACGCUCCUCUUCGCCCUGAUGAUGUCGCUUCCCGCCCUCUUCAACAUCGGUUUGCUACUCUUCCUCAUCAUGUUCAUCUUCUCCAUUUUCGGCAUGUCCAACUUCGCCUACGUCAAAAAAGAGGCGGGCAUUGAUGACAUCUUCAAUUUCGAGACCUUUGGCGGGAGCAUCAUUUGCCUAUUCCAGAUCACGACGUCAGCCGGCUGGGACGGGCUCCUACUUCCGAUGCUCAACAGGGAGCCCCCUGACUGCGACCCUGAUUUUGAGAACCCCGGUACAGAUGUAAGAGGCAACUGCGGCAGCCCGGGCAUGGGCAUGAUGUUCUUUUCCAGCUACAUCAUCAUCUCCUUCCUGGUUGUGGUCAACAUGUACAUCGCCAUCAUUUUGGAGAACUUCAACGUGGCGCAGGAGGAGAGCGGCGAUGCGCUGUGCGAGGAGGAUUUCGAGAUGUUCAAUGAAACGUGGGAGAAGUUUGACAAGGACGGAACCAUGUUCAUUGAGUACGCCCGCCUCUCAGAUUUUUGCGACGCACUACAGGAACCACUGAAGGUCGCCAAGCCCAACCGCCUUCGCUUGAUUCAAAUGGACCUCCCGCUGGUCAUAGGCGAUCGCAUCCACUGCUUGGACGUCUUAAUGGCCGUCACGGAGAUGGUCCUGGGUGACACUUUGGAAAUGGCGGCUAUGCGGGAGAGCAUCAAGACCAAGUUUCUUCAGAGCAACCCAACCUCGGACUCUUUCACACCUAUCACCACUACUGUACGCCACAAAGAGGAGGAGUGGGCUGCCACUGUCAUCCAGCGGGCUUACCGGUGCCACCUGCUGCGACGCGGGCUCCGCCAUGCCGCCUUCAUCCACCGGGCCAAAAGCGGGGUGGCGCAGGAUCAAGACACAACAGAAAGGGAGGGACUCAUUGCACGCAAAAUGGAAGAUCUAUAUGGAAGCUACCCAUACCUGGCCAAGGGCAAAACAUCGAAGAAUCCAGCUGCACUGGGAAUACAACUUGGUCCUGGCACUUCUGGGUCAGGUGUCAUACCACUACCUGUGGAAAUCACUAAUGAGGUUGUACUUCAUUCUGCGCCUGAGCCGGACCGAGGCUUCGGCAGUCUCCAGAAAAACCUCAGAGAGUCGCUUGUAUAGCCACAGCCCUUUUUUACACACUAACUUUGCUGGAUCUUAAGUUGCACUUGUCCCAACUGCAUUUUGUUGACUUUUGCCCACUCAAAAGAGCUAAAUCCUCCAUUGAAGGGAAAGACAGCACAUUUAUCAUGUGAAUCCUGUUCAGUUGGAUGUCUAGAGCCAUCAAUGGCAGACAAUGGAGCCCCUUUCAGACAUAUGCUGAACUCCGGUUAAAGCAACAGUAGGUAAUUUUCCAACAUUUAUAAAAUAUUUUCAUAACAUUUGUGAUAAUAUGUCGAAUGACAACUAGUUGAAUGACACCUCUUUUAUACAGUGGGGCAAAUAAGUAUUUAGUCCUCAUUUAGUUCUCCCACUUGAAAAUAUUAGAGAGGCCUGUAAUUGUCAACAUGGGUAAACCUCAACCAUGAGGGACAGAAUGUGGAAAAAAAAAACUAGAAAAUCACAUUGUUUGAUUUUUAAAGAAUUUAUUUGCAAAUCAUGGUGGAAAAUAACUAUAUGGUCAAUACCAAAAGUUCAUCUCAAUACUUUGUUAUGUAC